AUGAAAUUUUCAUUAAUUGAUUUCAAUUUUUCAUUUGUUACAGGUCACUGGGAUUACUGCGAUGACGGCGAUUGUGGACCGCGCCACUGGCCCAAUGCUAAUGGACUGAAACAAUCACCAAUCAAUAUCGACUUAUGUUCAAUUAAACCAAAAUGUGAUUGUGAACCAUUCAAGUUUAUUCAUUACGCACAUCCAUUUAGCGGAGAAAUCGUGAACAAUGGACAUUCAGUCCAAAUAACGCCCAAGUUCAUCUGCGAUAUUCCCGAAGUUUCGGGUGGAGGACUGGAUCAAGCGUAUCGUCUCGUACAAUAUCAUUUUCAUUGGUCGCAACAAGACAGCGAAGGAUCCGAGCAUACGAUUGCUGGACUACACUAUCCGGUGGAGUUGCAUCUUGUUCAUAAAGGUGUCACUGAUCCAGAAAAAAUAGCUGUUUUUGCUGUGUUCUUCAUUCUUGGUGAUGACAAUCAAGCACUGAAGGUUGAGGCCGAUCUUCUGAGCGAGAUACUUGAUCCAUCAAAUAGCACCAAAAUCGAGCAUGCAAUUGUUGAAAACAAAUUGCCGCACAACAGAAAAUCAUUCUGGCGUUACGAUGGUUCACUGACCACUCCACCAUGCUCCGAAUGUGUCACCUGGACUAUUUUCACUGAACCUGUUCAAAUCACCAAAGAACAAGUUGGAUAUUUUUAA